CUUAAAAUGAUGCAUUUUGAGCUUUUAUUUCGAAGGCGGCGUGAAAAUGCGCUUAUCCAAUCAGAGCAGACGCAUCCAGGAAGGAAGUAUCAGCCAUUCAAGACAGUUGUUGAAAUAAUAUUAACAGAACUUCCUUAUAAUUCAGUGCACGUGUUUCAUCGUACAAAUGCUCUUUUGCUAAAUCUGCCAUACAAAAAAUUUGCGGGAAGACCAAUACGAUUCAGAUGGGGUACAUGACAGUAGAGGAGCACAGCUCCAACCUGCUCCACCUGAAGAGAUCCCCAGGCAUUCGUUCCUGGUCUCUUCUUGUCGGUAUAGCAUCUGUUGGGCUGGCAGCUGCAUACUAUAGCUCAGACACCAUCUUGUGGAAGCUUUUCUACGUGACCGGCUGUCUGUUUGUGGCCAUGCAGAACAUGGAAGAAUGGGAGGAAGCUGUGUUUGACAAAACCAAGAACCUGAUUGAGCUCAAGACCUUAAGCUUGUACACUUUAGUCCUGACAUUAAGAAGGAAGGGCCAAGAGAAAGUUGUGUUGGACCUGACACAUCUGCGUGACGUCUGCGUCCAGGAGGAGAGGGUACGUUAUUUGGGGAAAGGCUAUGUGGUGAUGUUGCGGCUGGCUACAGGGUUCUCCUACCCCCUCACUCAGAGUGCCACACUGGGGGGACGCAGCGAUGUUGAGGCUUUAGCUACACUGUUGAAGCGCUUCCUGGGACUGGAACAGCUACGGCAACGCAGGCAUCAGGAGGAAGAGGCAGAGUAUGGAGAGGAGGAAGAAGAUUCUUUGGAGAGCAGUGAUUCAGAGGAUGAAGCGACCGGACUCUGAUCUCUGUGUGACAUACAGUCUUACUGUAACUUUGGGUGGAUUGAGUUAGGGGCAUUAUGGCAUUGCUAAAACAUGACGGAGAGUGCAGUUUUAGCGAUGCCAUCGUUACAUGUUAUACUUCAAGCAUGUGCAUGUAAAACCAAGGAUUAAGCUUCCUUCUGUGUCUCCUUACAGACUUCUACCCUUUGUGUGUUUGAUAUGUCAGGUGAGGUUAAGGCAGUCUAGGGAGACAACAGUAAAACAUUUUUAUUUAAUUUUCUUGUCAACUGGAACGAAACAUAAUCCAAUUACAUGUUUUGUCAUGCAGAUGUUUCAUAGAUUAAUCAAAGUUUUCUAAAAAUAAGUUCCAGGGAACAUAUUAAAAGAGACUUUUUCUUUCAUUGUAAUGUAAAUGUAGUUCUUUCUAAAUGAAUAUCAUGUCUUAGCUUUUUUUGAUCUAAUUAUUAUUUGAGAAUACACUCCAGAUUACAGAUUUACCGUGCCUUCCUACUGAACUCUAAUAAGUGUUUAUGUGCCUACGUCAAUGGAAAGUGCUUUUCCCACAGUUUCCUGGACCACCCAUUUGAUAAUCACCUUUUGCAUGUUUAUUCAUACCCAGCUGGCAAUCCGCAUGAAUGCAUGUGCAAACUGUAAUCAAGCAUGAAAGGUUUUCAUGGUGUAAUCAAGAGUGAAUUAUGUGUGAAAUGCUUUGGCCUAUUGCUGUCCUGUCUUUUAACAUUUCUAUACUUUUUGUGAACCAAAGAUUGAAUCUCAGGUGAACCUUUUGGUGCUGUGGUCAAACUCUAUGUAGUUUUUUUGUCUGAAAAGUGUAUUAAAUCAGGGCUAUGUCACUAUUG